CUCGGGGCGAGCAAACCGGAGUUGUCCAACUGCGAUACGUAUUCCGUAAUUCCGUACGGAGUACGAGAGCGCAGCAUCGCCGCCCGGAGUUCAUAACUGCGGGUGAAUCAGCGACUUUUCGCCAGACGUGAGUUGGAGAUGUACGUGGCUGACAAGGCGUUGGGCCUAAUGCCGUCCGGUAGAUUUUCGGCGAAACAGUAGGCAGCUCGAGCACAGGUAUGGGCCCACGACGGGACCGACCUCGAUUUCUUGGGAAACCCGAGGUGACUUGAUCGCAAGCUCCAGGCGCGAGGACAUGUCUGAUUGAAUCAAUUCACACACUCAAACAUGCUUCAUCUUUCCCAUACAUAGUUGCUUUCACCCAUCAUGAGGGCACAUGUCGCCCGCCAUGCUCGACACUUUGUCGUCCGUCGCGCCUCUUCCUCUCACAGCCUCUUCGCGCCAAUCCCUCGACGACGGCAUCUCAGUCCCCACACUCUUCACUCGAAUCACACGCAAUGUCGAAACUUCUUCGGCGUUCUCUUCCAGAAGCCUCCUAGGGAGGUGCGGCAGCCCGAAUACGAACCGGGAUGGAUGAAGAUCAUGCUCUGGCGAAGCCGUAUGCUCGAUAAUCUACGACCCCCGCCCAGAAAAGAACUGCUGCAAUCGUGGAGGGAUCUUAUGGCGAGCAAGAUCAAGACUGGCCAGCCGUUGAACGCUACCCAGGCAAUGCAAUGUCGAAGGCUGCUGGAAUGGCUCGCGGGACCAAUCCCUGAAGGAGAGGGUGGGAAACCAUUGGCCAAUUCCGACUUGGACGCGGCGAGACGAGUGCUGCUACUUAUUGAGCCAUAUGAGCGGUCCGAGGCGCAUGUCCAACUAGCGAAAACACUGCACCGGAUAUGGCAAAGCGAAGAAAUCACAGGGAAAAGAGAGGAUUCGACAAAGAGUUGGAGUUACAUGGUCCUGGGCAUGGCGCGCCACGGGGCGUCUCGGGAAGCUGUACAGGAACUAUACGCAAAAUGGAACGAGGCGGAUUACAAAGCUCUGGUCAGCGGAGAGAAUAAGCUCAUCGAAAAGGUCGCACAGGAUCUAGCGAGGGAAGGCCACGAGCAAGAGCUUCUCCAACUAUACGCCCGGGUAGAAGAGGACGAACUUCAGCUUGCCCCGCGACUGCACGAGAUCAUCACCAUGUUCUACGCGCAAAACAACAGGGUUCCCGAGGGGAAGGAAUGGUUUGCCAAACCAAUGCCUAUUGAGGGCCAGGUCCGGGCUGAAACAUACUAUGCUGUUGCAAGCUUCGCUCGGAGGAAUGGGCUACAACAGUGGGCCAACCCCUUUUUCGAGGAGCUCAUGGAAAGGCAACCGAGGAAAACCCACUGGCACGUGGUGUUGCAGGCGAUGCUGCUCAUGGGCGAGGAUCUCUCGAAUGUGCGGAAGACCCUGCUGAGUAUGCAGGGCCCCAACGGGCCAUUGACUGCGGACACUUCGACCAUUAACGCCAUGCUGGAUGUUGCUUGCGACACACUGGACGCAGGACUGGCGGAUGAGAUUCUAGCCAUCGCUAACGAGGAGUCGAUACGGACCGAUGCCGAGACAUACCUAAGGUUGAUGUCGUUAUAUCUUGCAGCCGGGUCUCCGCCAGCUACCGUUGACGCGGCCUUUGAGAGAUUCCAAGAGGCCGGUGCAUUGGAGCCUGAUGCGCCGAUGCAAUCGUGGGCGCAGUAUGCGCAGCUGCUCAACAGGUACCUCCUCUACCUGACUCGGCAACGGCCUGUGGACUUUAAGGCGAUCUCGAAGAUCCUCAAGGUAAUGGAGGAGGAGAUGCUUCAUCUCAACCCCGACACAGCCGCAGCCCUGUGCCUUCGGUUCCUCGAAAACGAACAGACGUAUGACGUUCUUGACAUUCUUUCGGCCAACGUUUUUCGAUACAGUGGCGACCAGCGAGAUCUGGUUCAGCAAGCCAUCAUGUCGUUCACGCUUGACCCGCAGACCAGCACAGCACGCGCAUGGAACGCAUAUCAGAUCAUGAAAGAGUUCUUCCAAGACCUUAGUCGCGAGAGGAGAGAGGCCGUGCUGCGUGCCUUCUUCGACAGGAAGAGGCCCGACAUGGCGACGCACGUCAUCAGCCAUAUGCGGCAACACUCCCGCAUGGAUGUGCAACCGACCAUAGACACUUAUGUAUCUGUGUUUGAGGGCUUUGCGAACAAUCCCGACCGCCAAGGGACAGAGAACGUGCACAAUAUGUUGAAGAUGGAUGUGCGCAUCCAACCUGAUACCAGGCUCAACACGGCGCUCAUGCUCGCCUACGCAGCGUGCGAGCGGCCCUUGUACGCCCUUGACUUCUGGAACGAGAUCAAAUUUUCUGCCGAGGGACCGACGUAUGGGUCCCUGGCCGCUGUGUUCUGGGUGCUGGAAAGGAAAUCAGAUGGCGCCAAGAUGGCCAGAGACAUCUGGGCCAAGAUUGAGAGCAUGGAUCUGGAGGUGCCCGCAAACGUCUACAUCAACUACAUUGGCGUGAUUUCGGCGCAAGGCGACGAGAAGGAGGUGAGAGGUCUGGUCACAAAGAUGGCGUCCUUUACUGGGGUGGAACCGGAUGCAAUGACCCUCGGAGUCGCCUUCAACGCCCUGCCUGGGGACGAUCUACAAGCCUCGUUCAAGGAAUGGGCAAAACAACAAUACCCCGUCCAAUGGACAGCACUGCUGAAGAAGAGGAAGCACAUGAAUGAGCACGGGCUGUGCGAGUAUAGAAUCAGCCGCAGGGUGUGUGCCUGAUUGUACAAAUGGUGUACAAGUAUGUGUGUUUAUAGAAGUACAUAGUAAACCCAACUGUUGUACAUUUGCAUCAGGGUGCGAGCAUGCACUCCUAAUUUCCCCAACGUCCCGGCGCCUGCCUCUGAUCCGGGAACCACUUCCUGUUGAACAUCUCG